CGGAUGCAGAAUCGGACGCAGUUGUAACGAAUUCUUCCGCAGUUGAAACUAUAUUCUAAAAUUUAAUAAUGUCGUUCCUAAUUGGACAUUGCGUCUUUUUUCUAUUAGGAAUCAGUAUGUGUAAUAAAGUGGGACUAGCAAUUACCUUGCAUAAUAAGGUGGCUCUGUAUGAAAAUUGCACGAUUUUUAAUAAUUCGGAUUUAUACAAAGGUCCUAUAUGCGGUGACGAUGGUGUGACAUAUGCUAAUAGUUUAUAUCUUGAUUGUAAAAACCAUCAUAAUAGCAACACUGUUGCUACGUUGCAUUCCGGUCCCUGCUUGAGCAACGAAGAAUACUGCAAAAUUAAUCUAUAUUAUGAACCAGUUUGCGGCUCGGAUCGUAAAAUUUACACUAAUAAGGAAUCGUUUUUAUGCGUUCUACACAAACAUUCGGGCGAUUUGAGAGCCGUAUCGAUGACAGCGUGCCAGCAGAACGAUCACUGUUACAGAGACGGUACCGAACACUACGGGAUCAAUCCGGUCUGCGCUAAUAAUGGGUUCACUUAUCAGAACGCGGCGCAGAUCAAGUGUCUGCAACGAUACAACCCCGGAUUACAAAUUAUUCACGAUGGCGGUUGCCGCGUGGAAUUCGUUCACCAACUUUACGGUGCAGCCGUUUGUGACAUCGCGAGAACGAAAUACGAGUGGAAUCCAGUCUGCGCAUCGGACGGAGUCACGUAUUCAAAUCCAUUCGUGCUUCUCUGUUACCAUUCACAUUUAAAAGUGAGAUUUCACGGAGAAUGCAACACGCAUAGUCAUAAUGCUUGCCAGAAGGCACAUAAGAAUACCACGAUUUUGCCAAAUGGUCAAUAUGUAAACAAUUCCUUCACCGUGAACGACGCAGUUUGUGGAAAUGACGGCCGCACGUAUCCAAGUAUACAUCACUUGCAAUGCCAAACUCGUUUCAAUAAAUAUGUGUUUCUAAAACAUCACGGUCGGUGUUCCGGACCGGAUGACCACCCUUGCGGGUCGAUACCGGAAGAGGAUCAUAGACAACCCGUGUGCGGCACCGACGGCAAGUCUUACGUGAGCCCAGAGGCGCUUUGGUGCGCUAAAUCGCGCAGCCCGCAAAAAUUUAUUGCUUACAAGCACGACGGUCCUUGCUAACGAAGACAUUGUCAAGAAUCAUGCAGAAGAGUGCCGAGCCCGGAAUCAAGUCGUAUUUUUGCGUAUAUUUGUGAAAUGUCAAGAUACGUGAAAAAUGAAGAAAAAUCAACAGAAAACUCUCUUCUAGAUGUCAAAUUUAAAAAUAAAUAUAAAAUGGAAAAUUAUGAACAAAAUGUGAAUUAUAUAA